AAGUAGUUAGAGCUCAAAUGUUUAGAGUAUCUAUUGCCACAUUGGGAGAUUGGGAAUUAACACGAGCCGAAUACAGGUAGGAGGGGAACCGUACACUUUCCGAUGGUGUAUUAAAGAUACAUGACUGGCUAUGAAAACAGAAGGAAUGUAUCGGGUCAAGCACACAACCCUGACGCCCUCGUUCAGUACGUACAUGCUCGCUCACAAGCUACGUACGUCGAAGCUGUCAAACCGCGGGUGAAGUGCUUUACGUACAUCGUUGUGUCCCCAAUUGCAGUUAUAAACGGAGGUUUCGCGGCGAAGUGAGAUGUAAACAGUCGUUAAAAAGCAGUUGUUCGGUGAUUGUUGAGUUUCGAUAGUUCGGCGGUUUACGAAUUCACCAUGAAAGCGCGUGGACGCCACGAUUUCUGGGAAAAGGGUCUCUACGAGAUCAUCAAGAAUAAAAAUGAGCCAAUGCUGGCUCGUUGCAUGAUAUGCAGUCGCGUACUCAGGAACACGGCUCGGUCGCGACUUAUCACCCACAGAAAUGUUUGUCCAAAAGUUAAAAAGACUGGUCGUCGCCGUCGUAAAAGGACUGUUCAAAGUGCUUCGGAUUCGGAUACACCUAAAGACGAAUCAGUUGUUGAACCAAAAAAAGAUGUGGAAAUGGAAAAUAUUUCCAAUAUAGUCAACAUGGACACUGAGGUAAUUAAGACUGAAGACUUGAGUGCUGAAGGAUCGGAGUAUGAAUCAAUUCGGGAAUUUUUGGAUAAUCAUUCGGGAGAAAUCUGUCUACCUCCGCAAAUCAAACAAGAAAAACCGGAAAUUGAGGCAUUGUUCACUAGCAACUCCACUGCUUAUGAGCCGGAAAGGAUCAAAUUGCCACAAACUUCAUUCAUUCCCUCGCCAUCACCUGGGGGUGCAUGCAGUUUAGAGGAUAUUCAUUUGGCAUUCACAGAGUUUUUCAUUUCGUCCAAUAUUUCGUUCAAGACUUUGGAAUCGUUUUAUCUAAAGCGAUUGCUAACGAAGCUUAAUAGACAUUACAAUCCACCGACUCUGGAGGAACUAUUAACCACAUAUGUUGAUAAAAUCCACGAAAAGUAUGAAGGGCAAAUCCCUUGCAAGGAACAGGAUGCUGUUUUACUACUAAGUGGUUGGAAAGACUUCAGCGAUACUUCGAAAUGUCUUGUGGGUUGUUUGUAUUUGAAAUCACAAAAUGAGUCGCAGGAUAAGAGAGUUUUCUUGAAUACUUGGGACUUGGAUAUAGAUUUUACUGGUGAAGAAAUCGAGUCUCAAACAAAAAUUAUCCAAGAAUCUCACAAGCUCGCCAAGGAGUUCUAUAAUGCGAAUAUAUUUGCAGUCAUAUCGGACAACUUAGAGUUGGAAAUCGGAUCAGUUCCAAUUUCAGCAAGUGUUCCGCUGUGGCAUUCGGUAUGUCACAGCUUCCUGGCAGGAUGUUUAAUUGAAGAUAUAAUCGAUCCAGACGAUGUGAAGUUCGUUAAGCAGAUUUUGCAAGCAAUUAAAAGCAAAGGUAUCGAAGCAAAACUUCUUGAAUCAGGCGGAAGUCGAAUAACGCUACCAUCUGAGAAGCAGUACUGCACCUACCGUGACUCUUUCCGUUGUCUGUUGACGAAUAACUGCAUAAUACAAGACCUCCUUGGGAAGAAAAAUGUUGAUUUCAAUGAUUCUGGUAAUUGCGCAAUUCCUAACCAAAACUUUUUCAAAAAAAUCGAGAAUUAUCUGAACGUCAUUGAACCUUUAUGUGAACUGAUCUAUUUAUCUCAAGAAAGAAAUGCUACAUUGGCAGAAAUAACGGAAAAGUGGAUGGAGCUUCCUUGUUCACCCGAAUUUCAGGAACAUCUGGAAAAGAGAAGAGCUCAAGCUCUCACACCCCUCGCCUUGACUGCGAAUUUCAUGCAUCCAAGCUAUCGUGGACGCCGAUUUAAUAACGUACAAAUGGAAACAGUUGAAUAUUUUCUUCUGGAAAUAUUAGAUUCGCCGGGGCUAGACCAAUUGCUUUUAUUCAAGAGAAAUGAAGAUAUAUUUAAGGUUUUGGCAACGAAGCAGAUUACUUCGUAUGAUACAUUUUGGACAAUGGCCGAAAGAAAGUGUCAUGAAUUGGCGACAUUGGCGAAGCGAUUGUUGUGGAUUCCGCCAUCGGUUUCAUAUGUUGAUAAGAUUUUUUCGAAUUGGUCCGCCCCACAUUCGCAAACAAGAAAUAUAUUAGGAAUGGAUUUAUAUAGAAGGCUCACAAGGGCUCAUUUUGAACUGAAUUUAGCUGAUAAUACGGAUAGUUAGCGUAGUUGAUUAAGGCAUUUUUUUAAAAAUGGAUUAAUGUAGUUAAGGAAAUGUUUAUUAUUAAAGAAAAACAAAUAUAAUUACAAAAGUGUUGUUUAAGAGCGUUAAUAAAGGUCCCAGGACUUUUUUGUCAUCAAAA